AUUGAACUUAACACCAAUUUCCUCCAUGAUAUAAUUAUAUUACUAAGAGAAUUAUACACGUUUGUUAAUAGCUUGUUUUUACCCAUAGGAUAUAACCUUUUAUGAAAGAUGUUUGAACGUUAGAAUUCCUGACAAUGAUUGUGUUCUGGAUUGAUAUGUCUUUGUUUGACAUAUUAUUAUUUCUAAUCUUUGUGCUGUCUUCUGUGUUAUGGCUUCGAUCAAGGAGACCAGCAAAUUACCCUCCAGGACCGACACCAUUACCUAUCAUAGGAAAUCUGCAUAAUGUAGCCAAGAAGGACUUCAUGCAAGCAAUAAGGGAUCUACGACACAAGUAUGGUGAUAUAAUAAGUCUAUCGUUGGGAUCAUACUGGGUAGUAUUUGUGAACGGCAGUGAAAAUUUGAGAGAGUUAUUUGUAAAAAAUGCUAACGAAACUUCAGACAGACCACCGUUAUUUAUUUUCAAACUUGUUAAAAAUAAAGGGGUUAUAGCUAGCAGUGGUGCUAACUGGAAGCAUCAAAGAACUUUUGCUCUUUCAAAGUUACGAGACUUUGGUUUUGGGAAGAGGAGCUUUGAAUCUAGUAUAUUGGAAGAAAUUGAAAACUUUCUUAAUUUAUUUGAAUCUUUCAGAGGAAAGUCCUUUGAUCUACCGGGUAUAAUUCGGACCAGUUUGUCCAACAAUGUCAUGUCCAUUACUGUUGGACGAAGGUUUGAAUAUGAUGAUCCUAAAUUUAGAUAUUUUGUGAAUCUUCUUGACGAAGUUAAUAAUACAGCAGCCCUCUCUGGUGCACUUAAUUUCAUUCCAAUCCUUGAAAAACUACCUGGAGAUCCGUUUGGAGCCAAACGCAUUUUAGAAGUUGCUAACGAGUUUUUCGAUAAUUUUUUCGGCGAAGAACUAAAAGAGCACAGAGAGACUUUGGACGAGAACAAUAUUCGAGAUUUCAUUGAUGCGUACUUGGUUCAAAUGAAGACAGCAGAACCAAGCAAUGAAUAUUAUACAGAUGAGCAAUUGCUGUCUGUAAUAGCGGAUCUUUUUGGUGCCGGAACAGAAACUUCGGCGACAACUAUAGAAUGGGCGUUUGUUUACCUGAUGAAUGAUAUGGACGUUCAGAUCAAAAUGAGACAGGAAAUCGACGACAUAGUUGGCACUGGACGUCUCCCCACUAUGUCGGACAAACAUAAUCUACCUUACUGCGAAGCUGUCGUUAUUGAGACUUUCAGACUUGGAAAUGUAGUGCCAUUUUCUCUGCCACAUAACGUUUCUGAAGAUAUAUAUUUUAAAGGAUAUAUAAUACCGAAAAACGCAGUUAUUAUGCCAUGUCUUGAUUCUGUUGCUCAUGAUGAAAACCUAUUUCCAGACAGCCACUCUUUUAAGCCUGAUAGGUUUCUUGACGGAAAUGGGAAAAUAUAUGGGCAGGACAAGAUACUGUCGUUUUCCUUAGGAAGAAGGGUCUGUUUGGGAGAAUCACUUGCCAGAAUGGAAGUGUUUCUAUACCUAACAGCUUUAGUUCAAAGGUUCGAAAUUCUACCACCAGAAGGAGAAAGUCCUCCGCCAGUGAAAGGACAGUUGGGCGUUACAUAUUCUCCUGGUAGCUUCAAACUGAGAGCAAUUUCUCGGAAUUGAACUAAGAUUACUUUUAUCAAUGGAAUUAUAUAUAUAUCAUUAACCAUUAUAAAUAAAGAGAAAACAAAACAGUGCAUAGCAAUUUUGGUACAUGAAAUAUAUAAUCC